GCCCUGUCAAUCAUUUCUGCCGACACCUUUGAGAAAUUCUUAACGCUUUCGCGUGAAGUGCUUCCCUUCGACGUAUUAUAAUUCAAGGUAUUUUCCCUUGAUGUAAUUUGUACGAUAAUGUCGCGAAAGAAAAACAAAAUAUAAAUAUUCGAGGGAAUCUAGAAAUAAAAGAAGCUAUGAUAAUAAUCAAGCGGCAGUCGGCUCGCUUUUACACAGUUCUUUUGAGACCUUCGAAGCAAAUGGAACAUCCUGAAGAGUACUAUAAACUGAGCCGAUUUCUUCUGUCGGUUACUGGACUGAAUCCUUAUCAAAGUAAACGGAGCGCUCAUUUAAUGAGAGCUGCUAUCACGGUCAUUGGAUUAAUAAGUGUAUAUAUUCAGGUAUCGGCCGUAUUUCUAUCUGACAUCACUAUGGACUAUAUAGUGGAUUCGGUACCGACACUUCUAAUUGUACUAGGUAGUCUGAGCGAAUUGGGCGCGCGUUUUAUAUACAUAGACAAAUUUAGAGAAUUAUUCGAUCGUAUGUCAAAAGACUGGACGGAGCAAAAGACACACUAUGAGCUCAAGAUUAUGCACGAGCAUGCUGAGCUCUCAAGAUUAUUCGGAAUUUGUUACUUUAGUAAGAGAAACAUUAAACCUCGCUUUGUCUACAGAAAAAAAAGACAGGCGUAUGCCUGUGAGGUCAAGUAUUUCUGUGUACACUGCCACAAUUGUGUUUUUUUAUUACAAGCAACAUGCGAUAUUUUGUCUAGCUAUUCAUAAUCACAAUUUUACCUUCACACAAAGCAUUUGUUACAAUUGCAUUAAUUUUUCCCAUGUAUUUUGAGACAU